AUGAGUGCUCCUUCAUCUUCGUCUGGCGUUGGUGAGAAGCCGCCUACAUCCGAGAAGAACGUCAAUACCGAGACCACAGUUGUCCCCCUUAACAAUGAAAGCCAUCAGCCUAGCGUCCUCGACGGGCUGGGUUCAGACGACAGUCAAAGUCCCCAGAAUUGGAGUCCGUGGAAGAAGCGACUUGUGUUUCUCGCGUUGAUGUCCAGCUCGAUACUUGCUGACGGAGGCAUGACCUGGGGUGCAACUCUCGUGGCUCCUCAGGCUAUUGAAUGGCACACCUCCAUCACGCACUCCGCCACGUCUCUCAACUAUGGUAUCCUACUUCAAGGCUUUGGCGGCAUAUUUGCGGUGCCUUUUAUCGACGCGUACGGCCGCCUUCCCGUCUGGCUCUAUCCACAGGUUAUCACUCUCUUUGUCGUCCUUGGCUGCGUUUAUGCCCAAUCAUGGUCCGUUUUCACGGCGUUACGUGCCCUGCAGGGCCUCUUUGGGACAGUCCCCCAAGUGAUUGGUCUGCCAAUUAUCCAUGACAUGUACGCUCCGCACGAAUGGCCACGGUACAUCAACAUUUGGGGAACCACGUUCCUAGUUGGUCCUUUCCUCUUCCCUGCUAUAGCGGGAUACAUUUUGGAGGGCACCGGUUCCUGGCGUGACUGCUUCAAAGUCCUCACGAGUUUCUACGGAUUUUCCACACUGAUGAUCCUGGCAUUCGGCUAUGAGACAUACUACAACCGGUCGGCAGGCGUCCAGCAAACCAACCGCAUCAAGUCGUUCUUAGGCAUUGGCAACACAAAUCUGCCCAAGGCACGGACACUCUCGGAGUCGACCAUCAAUAUCAUCAAGCUCACCUUCACCUUCCCCCUCCUCCUUGUCGGUCUUUCCACCAUGAUCAAUUUCACAUGGCCUAUCGGAAUCACCACAACUGUUGACUCUUUUGUCCGAGCACCCCCUUAUCUCUUCGGGAAUGUCGCUGAUGCUUCCAUCCGCUUUGCCGGUGUCAUCGGUGCUCUUUUGGGAUUCUGCUUCGGAUACUUUUUCAACGAAUGGAUCUACAAUGGAUCUGGUGGGAAACGCAAGUCGCACUGGCGAAGUGAAUACCGACUACAUGGCGUGUGGUUCCCUAUCGGCAGCAUGGUGUGCGGCUUGCUGACAUAUGGUCUCACACUCAAUUACGGGAAGAGCUGGGUUGGACUGGCAUUUGGGUGGGCUAUGGUGAACAUCGGGUUGGUGGGCACCAUGGUUGCUAUCACCGCUUUUGCUCUCGAGAAGUAUCCCACGCACUCUGCAGUGGUGUCGGCCAUUAUCAACAUGUGGCGCACUUGUGGCGGGUUCGCCGUCGGAUAUUUCCAGCCAAGCUGGAUCGCGAAGGAUGGCGUGGCUGCAGUCUUUGCCACCCAGGCCGCCGUUGUGGCUGUCUGCGCCGUCAUUCUCAUUGGAGCAACCAUCUGGUUGGGAAGACGUGCUGCAAAUCGCAAGACUGCGGCAGAUGUCACUGGUGAAGCGUGA